AUGAUUAUUGGCUCCAAAGUAAGAUUGGCAAUCUCAUUGAGUCGGAAGCUGGCCAGGAUUCGGAGCCGGGCCGCUCGGGCCCGGUUCCUAAAAGCUAGCCCGCUCAUCAUUCUACUAUGGAGUAAUGUCACAUGCCGACAUCGCCCUAAGCACUUGCAUCAUCCUCUUCGGUGUGAGAUUUCAUAUUCCUUGAUAAGUACUGAUAACAUGAAGCCAACAUCUGCCGUAGUAGCUGAUGAAAUGUUCCCAGAAGGAGCCGGACCUUACAUGGAUUUGGAGGAGGCUGGUGGAUCUACUGGGCUUUUGAUGGACUUAACUGCAAAUGAAAAGGCUGUUCAUGCAGAUUUUUUCAACGACUUUGAGGAUCUGUUUGAUGACGAAGAUCUUCAGUAA